UAUUAGAGACGGCAGAUGCGUUUCAUAUGAAUUCGGCAUAGCUAAAGAGAGCGCUAUCAUUUGUGACACUUGUCUUUGCUUAUUGAGUGAUCGUGAGGAACAUGACCACUGGUCUUACCCUAUUUACUGUGGCAUUAUGUGUGAUUAUUGCCACAGUGUCUCCAAAGGUAGACACUUCAAAAAUUCAGCCUGGUGGAGCGCCUGAUACUUUCAAGGAUCAAUUAUCAGGAGGUGAUGAGACCGUUUUUUCCCCCAUCCCACUUCCUAGAGAUAAGAAUAGGCCGAACAACCAACUAGUUAAUCAGAGGACCCGCUCACAACGAAAACGUAAAAAAAGGUGCAAUGAAAGAUGUCCUCGAUUGCUGUGGCCAGUAUGUGGUCGUAAUAAAUUAGGUCAACGAAAGACGUUUCAAAAUGAGUGUUUGAUGAAGCAUUAUAACUGCAAACACAAAAUGGAUUUUGUCGUCAAACCUGGGAAGCCAUGUUAGAUCUUGAAACUCCGAAAUGAUACAUAAUAUAU